AUGACACUACUUAUGAGAUUAAAUACUUUGAAACCAAUUGCAGUGAGAUCAUCAGCUGCUGCUAGAUGCCAACAAUAUCGUUUCCAAACAGUCUGGUCCCACUCUACAAAUGAAAAGGUUAAAACAGAUAAAGAUAUCAACUCAGAUCAAAAAGCCUUUAACGUUGAAAUUACUCAAGAAGAAUUGAACAAGAUGAAGAAGCUAUCGGAUGAGUUUGGAAAAUCGAACGAAAAGGGCUAUUCAAAAAAAGUUGCAGACGAAAACUCCAAAGGUUAUAAAGACUUGAAAGAGAAAGGAAGAAGAACUGCUGAGGAACAAGAUCGUCCAGAAGAUUAUAUGUAA